CCAUAAAGAAUAGAAGUGGCUGAAGUCAGUUAGAAAGAUGGCAUUGAUAACUCGACCCCAGAUUCUACUUCACUCCUAUUCUUCUUCUUCAUCCCAUCUCCUCCGCUUCCCAAAACUCUCCGCCGUACCCACUCGCCGCCGUAGCUUCUCCUCCGCCGUCAAAGCCAACUCCACCACACCUCCUCCGCAACAACCCGGAUCCAUUUCCAUCGUCGGCGACCUCCUCGACUUCCUCAACGAAUCCUGGACCCACUUCCACGCCACCGCCGAAGCAAAACGCCAACUCCUCGCCGCGGGUUUCGAGCUUCUGAACGAGAACGAACAAUGGGAUCUCAAACCCGGAGGACGCUACUUCUUCACCCGCAACAUGUCGUCCUUGCUCGCUUUCGCCGUCGGAGAAAACUACCAGCUCGGUAAUGGUGGGUUUCAUGCCAUUGCGGCGCAUACUGAUAGCCCCUGCCUCAAAUUGAAGCCCAAAACGGCGUCGUCGAAGGGUUCCUACUUGAUGCUCAAUGUUCAAACCUAUGGUGGUGGCUUGUGGCAUACGUGGUUUGAUAGAGAUUUGAGUGUUGCAGGAAGGGUCAUUCUCAGAAAUCGUAGUGGUGAUGGUGAUGGUGAUGGAAAUUGUUUUCUUCAUAAGCUUGUCAAAGUUAAGAAACCAAUCUUGCGUAUACCCACACUUGCCAUUCACCUUGACCGGACAGUGAACCAGGAUGGUUUUAAACCAAAUCUAGAGAAUCAUCUUCUUCCUUUACUCUCAUUGAAACUUGAGGAUACUUCUUUGGAGUCAAAAGAGAAGGCUACGACAUUGUCAUCCAAACCUUCUCAUCAUCCAUUGCUUAUGCAGAUAUUGUCAGAUGAGUUGAACUGUGAUGUCGAUGACAUAGUGAAUAUUGAACUGAAUGUUUGUGAUACUCAACCUAGCUGCCUUGGAGGUGGAAACAACGAAUUUAUAUUUUCUGGAAGAUUAGAUAAUCUAGCUUCAAGUUAUUGUGCAUUAAGGGCACUUAUUGACUCAUGUGAAUCUCCUGGCGACUUAGCAAGCGAACAUGCCAUUCGGAUGGUUGCUUUAUUUGACAAUGAGGAGGUGGGUUCAGAUUCUGUUCAAGGAGCUGGUGCACCCACCAUGUUUCAGGCCAUGAGACGUAUAGUUUCUGAUUUAGCAAAUAGCUAUGUUGGUGAAGGCUCUUUUGAACGCACUAUUCGCCAGUCAUUUCUUGUGUCUGCAGAUAUGGCCCAUGGAGUUCAUCCAAAUUUUAUGGAUAAGCAUGAAGAACUCCACCGACCAGAGCUUCAGAAAGGACUCGUUAUUAAGCACAAUGCAAAUCAGCGCUAUGCUACCAAUGGAAUCACAUCUUUUCUUUUUAAAGAAGUUGGGAAAAUUCAUAACCUUCCAACUCAGGAAUUUGCGGUUAGAAAUGACAUGGGAUGCGGAUCAACCAUAGGUCCAAUUCUUGCUUCUGGGGUUGGCAUCCGAACUGUCGAUUGUGGAAUUGCUCAACUUUCAAUGCACAGUAUAAGAGAAAUAUGUGGAAAGGAAGAUAUAGACAUCGCUUACAAGCAUUUCAAAGCUUUCUAUCAAAGCUUUUCAAGCGUAGACAAGAAGCUGACUGUGGAUAUAUGAGCCGUUUUUUCAGCCAGCAUUGAUUUCGGAAAAGUGCAGGAUUUUUUGAUUGAAUCUGAAGAGAACAAAGCCUGAUUCUCCUCCUAAAAUUUAAGCACAUGAGUUUUCUUGGCUAGUUUUUAGUUUGGUUAUGUAAAGGUUUUGUUACUUUUGCAAAGCCCUUCUUUAUGUGCUCAACGGUUGUAUGUACACAUUAAUACAUGUGUUUGAGUUUAAUAGUGAUGCACUCAUAAUAUAAAAUAUUUAUAUAGGCAUCCAAUUUUCUAUUCAUGAUUUGAUUUUUUUGAUUUUGAAGAAGGGAUGGAAAUGAAGAACAAGAUGAGUAUGUACGGAUUUUGUAAAUUUAUUAGAAGGAAGCACCGGUGAACAAUAUGAUAUGACCUUGGAAUUGAAAA